ACAUAUAGUGUAGAAAAGGCCAGCCAAGUAAAGUGCCAUUAGUGCCCUCUUGUGACUUUAAGAGGUAUUACACUGAUUUAUCAGUAUUCCCCUUUAACGAUCCCUUUAACAGUGUUAACAGUAUUGACAGGACACAGUUCAAAGCACGGACAUUCCUCGCUGUUGUUCAAGCUGUUGUUGUUUUCUACUGAGUGCGUUCAUAUACAAAACCACUCACUCACUCAUAUUAAGUUACACUCCAAACUACUCUGUACUACUCUGCCAUACUCUCUGCUGCCUGUACUACAAUCAUCCACUCAACUAAAUUCAAGAACUGUAAAUGCUCUACAAGUCUGAAAUCAUUAAAGUGUACUUCGUCUCUGACCCAGACGACUUAUGUCUGCUCAAUUUCCACCAGCACCCACAAUAGUCUACCUCACAAAUGGUCCUUCGAGCCGGAAUGAAGAGCUGUCAUAAGAAAGAUGCAUCACAGUGAUCCAGAUCAUAGACCUGACCUUCCUGAGCCUGCAGUCAGACCCAGACGAGUGGUGCGGCUCCCUAGUUACCUGUCAGAUUUCGAGCUCACUGAUCAUCAACGAAGAUUACAGUCAAGACAGAAAGUAGAUACUUAUUCUGAAAUGAGUGAUGAUUCAGAAAAUCAAGGAGCGACUGCAGCCAAGCUCACCAACACCUUCACUGAGUAUGGAACAGGUAGGCAGCCAUGGCAGCCGCUGACAGAGUGGAGUCACAGUAGAGAGUAUGAACAACAGCGAGCACCUACUUCACACAUUCCUGAGCUGUCAUCGCAAGUUCUAGCAGAAUUCCAGCAGUUGCGGAAAGAGACAGAGGAACUAAGACGUCAUUCCUAUGAGCAGAUACAGAGACUGAAAGAGAAGAACGAGGCCCUGGAAACUCAGUUGAGCCUACUUGCAAUGAGUGAUCGACCCAGUCAGUAUCCACCGAGGACAUCUUCCCCUGUUCCUCAACCCCGCGCCAAUAUUCCGCCUGUCACUACAGAUGCCAGGCCUAUCCCUCUGCCUAGAUCCAAGCUACCACCUAGACCGAAUGAGAGUGCAGCAGAUUCACUCAAACAAGAUCGACUACAUGACUUCGAACAGAUGCUUCGGCAGCUGGAGAUGAUAUCACCGGCAACUCAUGCACGACCCUCACAACACCAGUCCUUUCCCCAUAGAUCUAAUGACAGAGCUGAUGAUCGUAGUAUUGGCUACAACUCAACCCAGUUAAGGCUUCCCUCCAAUCAAGAGAGUACGUAUAGGGGACCAGCUCCAACCAUCCCAAACUUUGUGAAGCCAGAUCCGAGAGAGUUUUCCCGCCUGCGCAUCCCUUUGGAGAACAUUCUGCCAGCAGACGCUACAGAGAGAUUUAAGUACCAGAUCCUAGUUGAUCACCUAAAGUUGGAGGAAGCUCUGUUGAUUGCAGACUCCUAUUGCAACUCAUUAUACCCCUUCACAGAUACCAUGGAGGCACUUAAUCAACAGUUACGGACAGCCUCACCAGUUGGCCCUUCAGAGAAUAGCCGAGCUUAUGGAUGGUCCAAACAUCAGCCAAGGUGACGUGAGAGCCUUCCGAAUGUUUGCAUUGAAAGUUUGUUCUUUAGUUAGUAUGUUUCAGCAGCUGGGAAAUAAAGGCUACAUGGAGUUAGAGUGCGGUUCCCAUGUAUCAAGACUGUUGUGUAAGCUUCCACAUGAUCUGCAGACUAGUUUUAGACGGUCGGUCCAUCCCCAACAAGUUCCCAUCCCUACCUUGCUCGAUCUCUCAGCAUGGUUAGAAUUCUAGCUGCAAGUUCAAGAAGACAGUACCAGAUUCUAUCCUUCAAUGAGUAGGCCAAUACCCAUAAACAAGAGGGGACACCAGAGAGACACAAGACAACCAAUGAAGGCCACAAGUAUCUUCCUCGGUACAGAGACAGACAGCUGUGACAUGCCAGGUAAAGCUUCCGACCCUAAGCCCCGAGACAGGAAGAUGUUCUGCCCAUAUUGCGAUGCUCAAGACCACUACUUAAAUGGGUGUGCCAGUUUCCAAAGACUUAACAGAGAUCAGAAAGUGCAUUGGAUACAAUCGCAGAAGAGAUGUUGGCGGUGUGGACGAACCCAUCAAGCCGCACAGUGUAACCUUAAGACAC